CGACAUACAGUACAUGGCAAAUCAUCGUUGCAUCUAGAAAGGAUAGGAUUGCCAGUGGUUUGCUUUGUUCUUCUUCUGCCGGAUAAUCGCAUUCGAUUGAGGAUUGAUUCGAUCGAAUCCAAAACCGAAUCUUCGCAUCGAAUACGGCAUAACGAGAAUCUGAUACUGAAUCUUCGCAACGACUGAACCGAGAACWCCAAUCAUGUCGAAAUACACAAGUGGUAACGAAUGUACACCUCCUCGAGGUUUGGAGAUUGCGACGUUCGAUGCAUUGGAGCUCGCAGAACAGGACAGGUCUCGCACCACAAGAAGCAUCAGGAGACGACGGCAACACGGACUUCACUCGUGUCGCUCGUUCAAAUUUGUUGCUUUUCUGUUAUUGCUCGCUCUACAAUCUUCGUGCUACURUGUAUCAGUUUUUCAGCAAGUUGCUGCAAGUGAAACAGCCGACGAAGGAGCGUCYGCAGAAAACGAAGAUCUAGCUGACCGCCAGGGAUGGUCGACGUCGGACGCGAUCGAGGACAGUAUGUUCGAUCCACUAACGGCCGAUCCUUCGUGCAGUGCAACGGGGGACAAUGAUUGCCAUGCACCACCCCAAUCAACAAUUGAAGUGGAAGAGAUAGAAAAGUUGGACCCGACUUGUUUCAAGGGCGCCGGUGACGCUGACUUGGAAGACGACGGGAAGCAACAACAAAAGCAGCAGCAAUGCGCGGCAACCGGCGGCAAAACGAAAACGAAACGUGACAAGCACUGGGGRGACAACCCAAAGACAAUCGCGAUGCGCGACCAUUUGCGGGAACAAUCGAAGCAUUGGAUCAACGAUUCGCGUCCACCAAUCUUUUUGGUACCGGGCCUGGCGUCCACUCGGUUGGUAGCGUGGAAGUUCAAGAAAUGUGCGGGUGCCUUGUCGUCGGAUAUCAAAGUACAAGACAAUGUUUGGCUCAACAUCAAUCUCGUGUUACGGAUGGGGACAACGAUUGACAUCGACUGUUUGAAACAGUGUCUCAGCCUGGGGUUGAACCAGACCGAUACCGAUGAUUGGGAUUCGGGAUGCAAGCUCCGCGCCGAUGAGGGAUUGGAUUCGAUCGCAUCUCUGGCUCCCGGUGGKAUYGGUGCCGAUCUGUUGGUUGGAGGUACAAACACGGUUUAUGCUUGGCUCAUUCAAUGGUUGGCAGACAACCUGGGAUACGAUGUAACAAACAUGAUCGGGUUUCCAUACGACUGGAGACUGACCCCAUCUGUUAUGGAAAAACGAGAUGGCUUCCUCAGCAUGAUGAGGAAACGAAUCGAAGGCGCUGUGGCCGCCAGCAAAAAGCCAGGAAUCCUGGUCGCUCAUUCAAUGUAAGUUUGUGUCCUGCUCAUCGUAGAGAUCUUGUCUUUGAGUCGUUCCCUUGAACUUGGAUAGUCGACUUGGAUGCAAUKGAAUGAACGCAAAAGUGCCAGAAACUUUUUAUCUCACAGAUCAUCUACCUGAUGCGGAAUUUUUGCAAUGGACGACAAGGGGAAAUUUGAUUUUUCGCUAUUUCAUCGAAUGGCUGAGAAUUGAAUUGAGAGAAGAAGCUUUCGACGGGUACGUGAAACGGGCGAAACGCAAAGCGCAGAGUAUGAAAAAACAACAGCAGCAUCAACAGAACUACAAAAAACACCAAGAGCAACUCGAACAAAAAAAGGUAAAGCAAAAAAUUGCUUCGAAACAGGAGCAAAAAAUUGYAGAAAACGAUAGUUGGAUGCCUGGUUGGGUGACAUCUACCUUGGAGGAUGUUAGUGCCGAAGUCGAUGAAUGGUACGAUUGGUUGACAAACGAUGCAUCGGAUGGACCCGAAAGCGGCACAAACAAACAAACAAACGAACCCGAGGAAGAAGAGGAAGAGGAGAUUGACUACCGACAAACUCAGCUAUGGGAGCUAGCGAAACUUGAGGGGGACGAAAAAUGGAUCGAAUGGCUACAGACACAUGUCUGGACCGUGAGUUUGCKUCUUGGUGUAUGAUCAUCUUCAAUAUUUUMAAAAUCUGUCUAACGCAAUUUUUUUCCUCAUCUAUUUCUCUUGUUUCAGUACGUUGGAUUGAGUGCRCCUAUGCUAGGAGGGAUAAAUCCGCUUCGAGCUGUCAUUAGCGGAGAGAACAUGGGGUACGUAGCAACGGUGYCUUUUGCGUUGAUACAAGUUACAAGCAAGUUUUCCAAUGUUCAUUCUAACAUUUUUCUAAUUAGAUUGCCAUUGAACGAUGAUAUUGCGAGAGAAAUGGAACUCAGUAAGUGAUGUUGUUCAUCGUAGCGGUAAUUGACGCCAUACAAUAUCGAUCUGAUACCUCGACAACUGUUCUGACGUUUAUCUUCUUGCUAUCGUACCAGCCUUUGGAUCCACACACACACUGAAUCCUGUGUCAACUGAUACGGGCUUUUGUGACGAACGCAACGUUGACGAUUGGGCCGAAGAUCCCAGAGGUAACUCCKACGAACAUGAAUCAACCMUGGCCUGCUUGGUGAGUGUGACAACUAACGUGAAUACCAUUAGUGKGUUUAGCCGAGAAUCGAAAGACGGUGCUAAAAGUUUUUUCCACGCUUUUUUACCCGCUGCAUCUUYGUAUAGGACGAUAUUGCGACUGAUAUCGAGUACAGCUCAGGAGAUCGUGACCCUUGGAAAGACUUCCCGGCUCUGAAAGCCUUGAUGCGUGAUCGUAUUGACUGGACUACGGGGAAGCCAAUGAUAGACAUAGAAAUCUCUCAUUGCAACAAUACKAACGCAAAUUCCUGUGAAGCUACCGGAGAAUUUAUUAAAAUCGGUCCGAAGAAUGUAGAAGAUGGGAGUAUCUUUCAAAUCUUCGAUGAUCUUUGGAAAGAAGAAGGAAAACCACUCAUUGUCAAGAAAGAGCAAUUGGAAGAUUCCUUCGUAAAUUCGAAGGUUCGAAACAUCUUGAACCACACAUGGGAGUAAGUGAUAUUGAMCUACAAUUGGAAUAUCGACUGAAUUCUAUUUUGCUGGUAUUUUUCGGUUCACGAACUAACAAUUACUUUCYACAUGACAGUCGCCCGCUUAUCAAGCACGUUAUAAUGGGGUACGGGGUAGAUAUACCAACAGAAGUAGGAUACAUAUAUUCCAAGAAGUACAAUGUCAAACACUCUGACGGCGUAACAAGCGUUUCCGAUCGCAACGAAACAGGACCGUUGCCCUCCCUGAAGACAGCACUGUGGGAAAACCCGCGAGGCGUCAUGACGACAGAACUGAUUGACUCCCCUCGCGGUGGCAUUGGUGAGUACUUCAUAAAAAAGAAACCAAAACGAGAACCACUUGAAGUCACCGUGCCGGAGGCUCGUUUAGAACACUGCGGCGAUGGCUCGGUGCCUUACCUCUCGCUUAGCUGGGCGCAAACAUGGUUGCUUCAUGCUGCGAGAGCUCGGCGCUUUACUGAAGACAAAUACCAAAUGAGUGGCGAAACAAAGAAUGCUUUGGAUCACAUUGCAAUCAGUCAUAGACCCCAGGGAGAAAGCGAGUGGAUAGAAGGUCCUCCGCCAGAAUCAUUGACAAUCCUUGGUGGUGAUGAACAGAAAGCAGACAGUGAUACGGGUAUUAGUCACCCGCAUGGCACACGAUACAAACCCUUGAUGAAGAGAUAUCACAACAUUGGAGUCUCCCGGAAGACAGGGAUUGAAUACACYACAUCUGUCAUUGAAGCGAUAGGUAUUGAACACAAGGAGACAACAAGGUAAGACAAAUACUUUCACCUGUGGGAAUAGAUUCGGUGGGGUUGAAUGGCAAAACAUCUCCUUACAAAAACAAUUUGCAUUCUUCGACAUUUCCAGGAACUUCGAUAUUCUUGCGGCAGUCUUUACCGAGGUGUUAGAUUACAUGCACGACGACUUAGGCUUGAUUCCCGACAAUAAUAGCGGAGCAGUCGAUGCAGAUUCAGGCGUCAAUGAAACAGAAUAAAUUUCGACUCCGCUCUCCACACUUGAUACAGAUAACUAUGUGACUCGAAUCUAAAAUCUUUUCGUAUCACUUGCGACAGUAUUAGUAGUUUGCCAUCUAUUAUUUCUUUUACUACUACUAGUUGCUUCAUGUCCCAGUUCCAGGUUGUUGUAGGUGGAUAGUAUGGAACAUWGAUGGAACUGCAUGUUCCUAGCUGCGAAUCGUUGAUCUCGUCGUCUCCUUUCCAUCAAAAGUUGAGUUUCUUUCACGUUUUCUUUGGCUCUGGCUGCAUGGUUGGUUUAGUAUAUACUUGUUCCCAUCCAUCGAGUUCCAGACGCAUAUGCACAUUC